AUGGUACAACUCCAUAUUCGUGGCGUGGAUGUUGAUUUUCCUUUCCCACCAUACGAUUGUCAAGUUUCUUACAUGGAAAAGGUUAUUCAAUGUUUACAAGAGGUACUACCCUAAGUUUACUUCGACGUUCGUUGUCAUUGAAAGUAUUUUAGGAACAGAUGUUUUGAAUUUUUGCGAUGAUUAUUCGUAAAAUAUAUUUAUAUGAUAUUUACUACGAUCUCCGCAAGCCUGAAUUCGCACUGUUUGUAUUUCGUACUGAUAAAUGGUUGUGUAAGAAAGUAACAUUAACUCAGAAAACAAUAUAAAAGUCUAUUGACAACUAAGAAAUUUACUUCGCGAAAAGAUAUGUUAAAUUUUACGGAAAAUUUAUGCAGACACAGGGAACAUUAAGUUUGUUGAACUAUGUGGUCGAAUUUAAUCGUGCAGUACGAAUCUUUUUCAAAAUAUCAUUUGCAUGAAUUUUUUCUCUUCUUGAUGACAUGGAUAGUUUUUAUGAUUAAUGUGGGAAACACUUUUUAGGGAAAAAAUGGCAUUCUCGAGAGUCCAACUGGAACAGGAAAAACCCUUUGUUUGCUGUGUGCAACACUGGCUUGGAGAGAAAGUUAUGUGGCAAAACUGCAGCUUAGACAGAGGCUUACAUCUGAUCAAGGUGGUUCCAGUUAUGUGCAAGCAUUAGGUGAAGAACUACAGCAUGCUACUAAUGGAGGCUCUUGGGAAGCAACAGAUGGUGAUAAAGGUGUGAGAUUUAAGCUUUAAUUAACCUUUUGACCCCUAAGAGUGACUAACAUCUAAUUUCUUCCUAUGAUACUACCCCAGAAUCACACUCUAAUCACUUUUCAAAGAGGCUCUUGAACAUUACUUAAAUUUUCCUUGCCAGUACCACAGGAAAUGUAUAGAGAACAGUAUGGAGAAUAUGCUCACUGAUGUUAGGGUGAAAAGAGUUAGUGCAAGGGUCUUGAAACAGUUGAGGUUUUUGCAUACUCAAAAACCUAAGGUUUGAGUUCUAGUGGAAUUCUACUCAAACUUUUGUAAAAAUUAUUUCAAACAAGGAUCUAAUUUGUUUAAGAAAAUGAUUUAUCAGAACAAAGGAAAACAGAUAUUAAAGUAGUUUGAAUUUGGUUUGACCUGAUUUCAUUUUAAACUGAAUCACAUGCAAUAAUCUCAGUCCCUGAAAUGGAAAGGAGACACUUUAUUGCAGGAGUUGUAUUGCAGUGUCAUAGAAUUUCUCUGCAAAUCUUAUAUUGAGUUUCACAAUAAUUUACUAUUAAGCAAAACAAACAGUACUUAAACUGAUUGAUAUUCUCCCCUCAAAUUUUAGGUUCUUUUCUUGAGGCUCCAAGAAUUUUGUAUUCUUCAAGAACACAUUCCCAGCUGUCUCAGGCUGUGCAGGAACUUAAAAAUACAAUCUAUAGGUAGGGACUUAGGUCACUAUACUUUUAUCCAAGGGAAUUAAAAAUUUUUUUUUGCUGUAAAGCUUUUCAAAACAGCUUUGUUUUUCUUUAAGAGAUAUAAGAAAUAUAGGAGAAAUUUUGCCUUGAGAAGGAAGCAACUUGUUUCAUCAAAAAACUGUCCUAGAAAGGGUUUGUUUUGUAAGGGAUUUAAUUUUCUUGUUAUGUUGUUCAUUGCUUGUCUUGUAGCAAACUUAGCUUAAUAAUCAGUUUCUUACUCUUUUUCAGACCUAAAGUUAGUAUCAUUGGAUCUCGUGAACAGCUUUGUGUUAAUAAUGACGUCCUGAAACAGGAAACUAACUCGGCAAAGGUCAGAAAAGAGACUGCAGAUUACAGUUUAGAUAAACAGAGAUGAGUGGUCAAAAGGAAAGGAAAAAAAUUUGAUCCAAGUAGUUUGUUUUUUGAUGGUCCUCUUUUUGACACAGCAGAUGUUGUUGAUAGCUUCUCUUAGUGUUAUAAGAUAUAUACCAGAACAACAUAAACAUAACGUUUACUCUGAAGACCAGUGUUUCUAGAGAACAACAUCUAAUAGUAUCAAAACUGGGCUCCAAUCCUCUAACACUUACUUUGUUAUAGAAGUAUUUUUAGGAGGUUUAUUGAGAGGAAGUUGGUUGUGAAAUGAAAAAUGAAAGAAACUGUUCUCUGCUUCAACAGUAAAAGAAAGCAAUCUCAAACUAGUUUUAAUCAUUUCAUUUAGACUGAGGCAAAAAAUUCAAGAUUGUUGAAAUGAAAUAGUUGUAAUGUUUCCGAAUGUUGUGUGGUAAAAUGGGAAAUCAUAGUAAAUAGAAACUAACACAACAUGGUUUUACUGUGUGCAUUAAAUUUUGAUCAUGGAUACUUUGACACUGAUAACAGGUACAUAUGUGCAGAGCUAAAGUUCAGGCAAGGACAUGUCAUUUUUUCAACAAUUUGGAUGGUAACAGAACUGGUUAUUUAUUUUUUGCUAGCAAUUGAAUUUCUUGUGAAACAGCUUUAGAUUUCAAACUAGCAGCACCUCAUUACACUUCAAAUACCACAUAAAAGGAAUUAGGCUAAGAAAAAAAUUUUCGACCUGGUCUGUUGCAGAAUCUCUUGUAGAUGUUAAAUUUAAUUUUUGUGGAAAACAUCGUCAAGCUAAUUUAAACUAAUGAUCCAUAUGUAUGUCCACUAAUAGAUUUUUUUAUGUGAGUGCCAGUCAAAAUACCUGUAGAAUGUAGAAUAUCAUACAAAUAUUUUCAUAUUAUACAAUUUAUCAUUAUUAUCACCUCAUUAAUUUAUCUUUCAAUAAGCAAACAAGGCUAAUAAAGAUUUCACACAAAGCAUCCUGGACAUUGAAGAUUUGGUGGAACUUGGACAAAGACACAGGUGACAAAUAUAAAUUGUCAUAGAAAACAAGGUUACUUAGGAUAAUUUAUUCCCACAAUAGAAUGUAACUGCAAGCAAACCAAAGCAUUUUGGACAAUUAAUGUUUGUGUUGGAAACAUGUGUAGAUCUGCACAACAACAGCAACAACAAAUCCUAUCACAUACGCACACCUUAACCCCUUACCACUACCAACAACCUACUGGUUACAGUUUCAACUUUUCUUAUGGCUAAAAUUGCAAAUUAAACUAAUAAAACAAUAUAGAAAACAUUUAUUUCACUUAAUUGACAUAAAAGCAAUUGUUGUUUACUUCAGGGUAUGCCCAUAUUACAUGGCCAGGGAAUUGAAGACCACUGCAGAUAUUAUAUUUAUGCCUUACAACUAUCUCUUGGAUCUCAAAGUAUGUUUAAAAAUAUUUUAUUGUGCUGAUAGCUUUACAGUAGAGGAGAAUGUCUUACCUGAUACACUUUCAACUGGUUUACUUUCCAGUCAAGAAAAGCAAAUAAUGUGGAUAUUUCUGGCAGCAUAAUACUUUUUGAUGAAGCACAUAAUUUGGUAAGAAACUCAGCAGAGAGCUGAAAAAUAAAUUUACUUUAUUUUGCUUUCACAUUUCAAGGGAGUACUCUAGCUGUGGGCAAGGGAAUUAACAAGUUGGUUAUCAAUAAGAUGUUCAUGAAGAUAAUGUAUGGCCAUAGAGAACUCAAAAAAUUGGAACAGGUAAUUUAGUGUUAACAACUGAGUUGAAAAUGUAAAUUGGCCACCAUAAAGUGUGUAAAGGCUAACAAAGGGCUAGUGCUUAAAACAUCAGCCUUUAGGUUACACUCUUUACAGAGGCCAAUUUACGUUUUCAACUCAGUUAUUAACACUAAAUUACCUGUUAUACUCUCCUGCCUAAGCAGCACCACAGUUUCUUUACAAAGUUACCCCCUUUCUUUAUUAAAAUAUUGUUACUCAAAAAAAAAGACCUUUAGCUUUAACUUAAACAUUGAUAAUCAACUUAGGCAUAGUUUUAACAUGUAGGAGACAUUAAUUCAAUAUGAAUAGAGAAUGAAGGUUCUUUCACAUUGAUCAUUUUAGGAAAAGACUUGUGAGGAAACUGCAUCCUUUGACCUGACAUCUUUUGACAUAGCAUCAUGUAUAGAGGAUGUGGCACAGUGUAUUGAAAUUGUUGAAUGCCGUGAACAUAACGUAUUGGAUGUUACUGAAACAGCAGGUUAUUUUCAAAACUUUGUUCAAAUAAUCCCACAGUGGUUGAUAUUGAAUAAUUUUAUCAUUUGACCCAAAUGGCCUUGCAUGAUUUUAUUUAAAAACCUUACUAGAAAUCCCUGUUUGAGGGCUGCAUGCAAGCUGUAAGAAGGGUUAGGUAAAACCCUUUGCCCAUGUCAUGCUAGAUGUAAAAUAUAAGAAGAAAGAAAAGGUGUAGACUCUGCUGUAGUUAGGCCAGGCCACAUGUGUAACAUUUUGGCUUGAGGACAUAUAUCAUGACCUUGAGCCAAAUAAUUUGCUUUCUGACCUUCCUACUCAGUCAAUAAGUACUGAACUUUACAUACUAUUUAACUUUAUGAUAUCAUCUUGACUUUUGAUCUUGUUUACCAUGUUAAUUUAAGGUGAUGUAGAUAUUAGCAAAGAAGACCUCGCCCAUCUUAAGUGUAAGUGGUUUUUUCAAUAUUUUUGGUUGAUAAUUAGAUAGAUAUUGAUGCGCAAGGUAUUAUUGUGAAUAAAACAAUGAAUCUUUAUUCCUAUUAAAUAUACUUCUUUAUUUUUCUUAAGCUUUGUUUAUUGAACUUGAGAAGUUGAUAGACAUGCAAGAGUUGCCAAAGAAUGGAGAUGGUUUGACAAAACCUGGAAGGUAUGCAUAUUUGUUGAAUGUUUUCUUCUCCUUUUUAUUUUUUGUGGAUCAUUUUGAAAGAGAGUGAGUAAUGUGGGAUGAUGUUAUGUGAUCAUAAAUCUGAGAUCAAACAUUGUAUUUGUCAGCACUACUAUGUGUGAAUCUGAGAAGAGGCUUAUCUGAUUUUUUUCUGCUUGAAUUCCAGCUUUAUGUUUGACCUUCUUGGCAAGCUUAAUAUGAAUUUCUCCACCAAGGACCAAGUUUUAGAAGUCCUUGAUAAAUGUAAUACACUGUUAGUUGGAGGUAAAGGCUUUUUUGAGCACAUUCUGUGGCUUUUCAUAUGAAACCUUAAGAUAUUUAACAAGUGGAUCAUUUUCAGUUCUUGAGCAACUGCACACCUCCCCUCCCCUAACCCAACAUUAACCCAACUUGUUAGUAGUUGACUGUUGUUGGGUUAGAGGAGGGGUGGUGCUCAGUUGCUCAGAUGCUGACAUUGAUCUGAACAAUCUUACAACAAUGGAAAACUAUAUAAAAAUUAAUUAUUAUCUUGAAUUAUGCGAAAUUAUUGAAGUAGUUUUUCCUUACAUAUGACUUUUAUUUCAAUCCAGAUACACAAAAGUUUAGAGGAAAACAUUUUGCUCUGCAAAAAUUUUCUGAUGCUUUGCAGGUAACUGUCUUGUGUUAUUUCAAGAAUUCAAUACUUGUUUUAAGAUAAUGUGAGAAGCAUCACUUUAACCUUACAAAUAAAAGAAACAACUUAUUCAAAAACCAUAGGCCUAGGGUAAACUUUCUGGAUCAUGUGUACUAUAGGUGGCCUCGGUCAACAUAUCGGCCGAUACAUCGGCCGAUUUAUCGGUCGACUAUCCACCGACUAUCCACCGACUAUCAGUCAACAGUCGACCAACUAUCAGUCAACAGUUGACCGACUAUUGGUCAAUAGUCGACCGAUAGAUCGGCCAACAGUGGACCACUAUAUCAGCCGGCAGUCGACCGAUAAAUGUGCACAUAUCGGCUGAUGCAUCGGCUGACAGUUGGUCGAUAUAUUGGUCGAUUAUCGGUCGACUAUCGGUCAACUGUCGACCGAUAGUCGGUCAAUUGCCGACCUGAUAGUCGACCGAUAUAUCGGUCGAUUGUCGGCCUAUAUGUCGACCGAGGCCACCUAUAGUACACAUGAUCCAACUUUCUUUGGUGUAAGUAUACUUUGGGGUAGUAAGGUAAAAAGGGUAAAGCUAGGACUUGAGGUAUGCAUAUUAUAAUUUGUGUAGAUUUUUAAUCCCAAAACCCUUGCAACCUUUAACAGAAGGAUUCUAUUUCACAGAUUACUAAUUUUGAUGCAAGAUAGUGAAUUAUUGGUUAUUCAUUUUUUCAGAUCAUUUUCAGCAAAGAUGUGCAAAACCAGUCUUCUAGUUUAAAUGAAGCAAAGUUUUUCAAGGUAUUGUUUGUUGCCUGAUGCAACCAUUUUUUAUAUUAUUGAAUCUUGCUAGUAUUAAAGACAUUUAGUCCAGGUAUUGUCAUUUCCGCAAUUUUGGUGAGAUGGAUAUUGUUACUUUCUUUUGUCACAAACCAGGUUCAUAUCCAACUUGAGCCAGACAGUAAUAAGAAAAAGAAGAAUCUGGAUGUGUGGACAACAGGAUCAAAGAUUUCUAAACAAGGUUUGACUCCCAAUUGUUGUACUGCUGAGAUUGUUUAUGAUGUCUCAUCAAUAGUUUGGGAAAUCUAUUUUUAACAGUGUAACUAACAGUAUCUCAUGAUGGUGUUGAUUUUCCCUGACUGCACCAUUUGAUUUGUUUAGAGAGCUUGUUUUCCUUGACCAGUCAAGUGCAAUUGUUUUUUUUUCCACACUCAAGACAGUUACCUUAAUUUUAGCCUUUUUUUAUUAGUCAUUGCUAAAACAUUGGAUUUAGGAUAUGCAGUUUAAGGGUAAUCUGUACUGUCAGUUACACAUAUUUAGCAUAAAGAGAACAGUUCAUGUCCAAUUGCGUCUGAACUUCUUACUGUUAUGAUUUCACACUUUUGAGAAAAACUGACCAAAUUCUUUAUUAUAACAGGUAGGACAUUAAGCUACUGGUGUUUCAGUCCAGGACAUGCCAUGAAAGAUCUGAUGUCUUAUGGAGUAUGGACAGUUGUGUUGACAAGUGGAACCCUUUCACCACUUGAGUCUUUCAGAGCUGAAAUGCAAAUGUAAGAGGGCUCUCUUUUCAUGAUUAAAACAAAAAGCCUAAUUCCCUAUUGCAUCUGUCAUCUUUUUAUUUUGUUGUACAGAUCAUUCCCGAUCCAACUGGAAAAUCCUCACGUUAUUGAACAGCAUCAAAUGAUGGUUGGUGUGAUAACAAAAGCACCUGAUGGAGCCACCUUAAAUUCAUCAUAUGAGACAAGGUUUGGAUACGUCUGAAAUAGAUUUGGUGGAGGGAAGUGUGUGCAUGUGAUAAAGUAACGAGUUGGUUGACUGUUGUUGGAUAAAACAUCCACUCCCCUCAAAUGAGAACUUGAUCUUCUACUGCAGCCUAUAUUAUUGUGCUUUUUUGGGACAUUUUAUUCCCCUACAAAUACAAGUAUUUUUUGUGAAGAGAUAAUGCUUAAGUUUAGGGUUUUACAUAAGAACUCAUCACAUGGACCUAGGCUUGAUGCGAAUUAACCUUUUACUAAGUAAAUUUGCGAAAUGUUUGAUUUUACUUGUAAUUUUUCUUGAAGGUUUACAACUGAGUAUAUGACUGGUCUGGGCAAUACAAUAGGUAGGUCAGUAAAAUCUUCACAGAGAGGCUGUUGUUGGCAGAUGGACUAAAUCACUGUGAUUGUAUUCUGUUAUUCAAAUGUGUACUAGUAUUUUCAGGGUCAGCAGUAAUUUAAAAUGUUUCUGUAUCUUGAAUAUACUAUUUUCAAUUUCUUUUGACCCAACUGAUUUAAUUUGCAUUUCCACAGUUAAUUUCUCCAGAACUGUACCAAAUGGUCUUUUGGUCUUUUUUCCUUCAUAUCCCGUGAUGAACAAGUGUCUGGAACACUGGCAAGUAAGUUAUGAGUUCAAUUCCAAAGCUUGUCUUAUAGAGUGAUUAAAAACAUUUUUGGAUGAAUUUAACUUAAAUCUUACAAUUACUCAGAAGACUCACUUCCAUGUUACUCUUUAACUUUUAGUAACAAUUCGGCAGUUUCACAGUUAUAAUUUUGAAGUUGAUUCUUUUAUCUUUCACAGAAUUCUGGAACAUGGUCAAGAUUAGAACAGCACAAACCUCUUUUUGCCGAACCCAAAGGAAAAGGAGAUUUUGCCGAGGUUAUUAGGAGAUCAAUUUUUCCAUAUUUUGUAUUUCAUAAACCGUUGCAAACCAAAGGCAUUCUCUUAAUUAUCUUUUUCAUCAUUAUUAUUUUACAAUUGAAUAUCUUCUUACAUUGCUUAAUGGUCACUUUUAUGUAUUUUUUAUUUAAAGACCAUGGAGAGGUUCUAUGAAAAAAUUAAUGAUCCGAGUUACAAUGCUGCAACUUUUUUCGCUGUUUGUCGUGGAAAGGUACAGUGCCAAAUGAUGUUAUUGUCCAACAGAAACUCUGCAGAUUUAUGUUAGUUACGUUGUGUACUUUUUAGCCAUUAUUUUCCAGAAUUAAAAUGCCAUGUUUCUUCCUGUUCGUUAGAUUGCUCCUGGAGCACUCUCACCUUGGCUUAUGUAGUUUCACAAACUGUUUCAGGUCAGCGAGGGACUGGACUUUGCUGACAUGAACGGCCGAGCUGUAGUAAUAACAGGUCUCCCUUUCCCGCCAAAAAUGGACGCUAAGGUACAUAGCAAGAGCCUGACUCUUAUUCGGAUAAUUGAACAAGAUGUUAAUUCUCCACAAGGAAUCGAACUUCGUUCUCCAUGUUCUUUUUACUCACACAACGCUCUGGGCAUCACUGAUAUAUGGAGGACGCUUGUGCAAGCCCACCAUCUUUUAUUGUCUAGGCUAAUUCUCAAAUUCAACACAUUGUCCAGCAAACCUGUGAUGAGAAUAUCAAGACUUGUCAUAUAGAGUUUGUUUUUUGGCCAUUUACAAUCCUUUUCCUUAGACAAAAGGAAAUUUUUAGCAGCUGGAAGGGAGAAUUAUGAAUCAGAUGUGGACAGUUCAUAGGUCAAAAGUGUAUGCUUCUUCAAAAACCAGAUUUUUCUUCGUUAUUUAACACUGAUUAAUUUAGUGUGAAUAUGAUCUUCAGGUUCGCUUAAAGAUGAAUUUCCUGGACGAAAAUCUUCGGAAAGCAAAAAGUUCGUCAUCCAAGGUAUCUAGCUAAUUCUGUUUUCUAUUUCCGCUUUUUUUGUCUCAACUUUUAAAUAUGAUGGAAUCAUUCUGAUUUUGUAUAAUCGCUAAGGGUCUAAGCGGCCGACAGUGGUAUCGUCAACAAGCUUCCAGAGCUGUCAAUCAGGCUGUGGGUCGCGUCAUACGUCACAAGCAGGAUUUUGGUGCCAUUUUAUUAUGUGACGUUCGUUUCACUUACCCGGAUGCAGUUCAACAGUUACCAAGUUGGAUGAAACAAUACGUCAAAGUAUAUAAAGACUUUGGGUCAGUUCAGAGAGAUCUUAUUCAUUUCUUCCGCACUGCUGAUAAAAUGGUAAGACUUUUUAAUGUUGAUCUUGAAAAGCAAUCAUUUACGUACAACUAAAGUCUUGUAAGUAGAGAGUUAGUCGAAAUCUGUUACGCUUCUUUUUCGUAGGCGAAACAACCGGUUACCCAACGUUAGGUUUGGUGGCUUUUUCCAAAUUUGUCUCCUAUAAGUCUGUCUAAUUCGUAUCUGCCGUUUUAUCCUGUUUUAGGUCGACAAGUCCUCAAUGAAGGUCAAAUCAUAUAAAAAUAAUUCCAGCCGGGCCGAAAAUACGUCUGCGAAAAAAAUUUCUGACGAAAACCUGUCCCAUAUAUCAAUAGAAGAAACGGACCUUCAGAAAAAUAAGAGAAAAGAAACCGUAAAAGACGUUAAAAACCUGACAGCAGGAGAGGGUAUGAAUUUGUUAAAUAGUUUCCGUAAGAUUUCAAGUGGAACAGCUAAUUUUCCCUUAGAAUCUAGAAAUCUAUAUUUCCCUUGUCUAUCUAUUACUACUGCGCUGCGAUAACGGAUCUCAUAACCCAUCCCUCAUGAUCAUUUGUUUGUCUUCUUUAAGCCCCUGUGUCGUCCCUUCGUCUUAAGUAUGUAUACAAGUCAUCUGGAGUGAAAGACAUGGCAAACACAGCAAAGCCAGCAAGUUUGAUCGAAUUCUUAACAAAUUCGGAGGUAAAACUGUUCCAUACAAAUAGUUUAUAAUGUACGUGAUUUUUUCUAAUCUAUUUUGUUACUAUCCUUGCUGAUAUGAGAAAGAGAUCGCCCCAGACUUCAGUUCGGUCUUGAAGAAUGUCGUCAUGUGUAGAUCUAAACAUUUUUUAAAUCUCAGCCGUGAUUUACCUAAGCAUGAGGAAGUGUGCUUGUUAAAUUUUGUUGUUAAUCAAUUUUAGACAGCCCCAAAAGCUGAGUUGCCUAAAGAAUCACCAGAGCAAAAGGUGAGACUUAAAUGGAGUUUUUUACUGGUUAAUGUACGUCAAAAAUGAAACUUCAAAAACCCUGCCUUGAUGAGGCAAGGUUUUUCCUCUUAGGUGGUGUCCAUCUGCUGUAAAUGAUUAUUCUUCUCUCUCAUUUUCAGGAGAGAAGCCUGUCAGAGGCAAUCAUGAAGAGAAAGGAAGUAAAUAGAACAACUAAGCCCAAGAAAGUUUUGAAGGUUAUAGCAAAGUGCAUUUAAACUGUUUUUAUUCACUAAUAUAUAAUAAUAGUUCUUAGUUACCGUAGCCUCGUUAUGUCAGUUCACUAGAGAAAAAGCAAAUGAACAUAUGGAGUAAAGAGCAAAUGAGAGAUUAUGUAAAAAUUGUUAAACUAUGUAUAGCCGCGCACUUUGUCCAUCGGGUACAUAGAUUGUUACAAAGCCUCUAGUCGCUUAAAUUUCUACUUGGCAUCAAGGUUGGUACAUACACACCAAACUAUUGAGCCAUUGUCAGAGCAAAUGUUUUAGAUCAUUUUUUUCUUUCUGGCUUGCCGAUUUUUUCCCUUUUUCUCUUUUCAGGUGGUCAAGGUUAAAGAAGAAGAAAAGCCGAGAUCGGUCAGUUGUAUUUCCCUCCUUAUAUGGUAUCCAAGGCUUCUUUCGUUUCUUGAGUGCAAUAAAUGGCGGCAAUCAGGCAGCUAUCUCCUUGACAACAACCUUUCAUUGAUUUCUCUCUCUUUGGCCCGUCUCCAUUGACUCAAAGCCUGGGGCAGACCAAGAUAUACUGAGGGACUAUGACAAUGAAAAUGAACGUUUUCUAAGAGAAUAUAAAGUGUAUAUUCUCUUGACGUUAACUGAGGCCGUUGUAACUCAACCUAUAUUUUAGGGGAGUCCACUUUGUAGGCUAUCGAACGUGCUCUGCGAAUUGAUAGCGGAACGUGCCUCGCUGCCUUUUUACUUCUCUGUACAAUAUUUUAGAGUUGGCUUCCCUUUUCAGAGUGCGGAUCAACAUACAUCAUCACUCAACAAGGCUCAGAAGCUUAAUGAAGCUAAGAUGUAUAUAAGUAAGGUAAAUUAUUAUCAAUAUUUUGAUAAUGCAUUAAUUAUGUUUACUUCUAUAUUAGGAAUCCCGAACGUUUGAAGUUUCUUCGUCCAAUCAGGAUGAGAUUUGUUCAGCCCAGCUUUUCAAAUUGAACAAGUCUCCUUUGCUGUUCAGUUAUUCCUCAGCACUUUAUUGUGACGCAAUGAUUGAGAAAACAGAGAAGAUUUUGGUUGUGCAGUAUGACUCCGUUAUUCAAAUCUUUGCUGUCGAAAGUAAUUUUAUUUAAACACUUUAUAUUUCUUUUCAAAUGUGUAAAUUAUGGGCCUGUUUUUGGGUCUGUUGUAGGUGAAACAAGCGCUCAGUGAUGGACAAUACAGAAUAUUCUCUCAAGUUUUGAGCAAGUACAAACAGGUUUGUAAUAUGCCAAGAUUUGUCUUUUUCGCUGCAUGUUGGCUUCAAAGAAGAAACAACUUGAUGUUUUCCUUUUUUUGGCUUAAGAUGGUAUUUUAUUAAACCAAUCUUUUCUUAUUCAGAGCCUCGACCUAGACUUUCUCAUCGAAGGACUUACGCCGCUGUUCACCGCAAUUGAAGCACAGUACCCGCUUAUGCUCGGUCAGUAGCCCGGUGGGCAGUUUUAAGACCGUAAUCUUGUUCUCAAGAUAUUCGCAGUUGGUAAGCUUAGAGGCUCGAUACACCGUUAUGCUGUUAUGACAAUGUCUUGUUUUGUGUUAAUGAUAGGUUUUUCAAGUUUUAUCCGGGAUCCAGCGGACAAGGUGCGAUUCUUUGAAGCGUACAGUGAUAUCACAGGCUCAGGUAAAGAGGGUAUCACGGCGUAUAGUCUGUUUAUCAAAUACCUCAUUUAGUACUCACCAUACUCGGUUUACCUAUGUAACAACAUUGGAAUAAUUCAUCUGUAACGCACACUGACUUUCUACAAUGUGUAAAAAAUUCUACAAUGUGUACAUUAGAUACAGCUAUAUAUGCCAUUUAUAUUAGAUAUAACUAUCUACUCUGUCUUCAAAAGAUACAGCUAUCUAUUCUGUCUGCAUUGGAUACAGCUAUCAACUGUGUCUACAAGAGACACAGUUCUCUUCACUGUUUACAGGAGAUACUGCUAUCUUCUCCUUACGAAUUAGGUACAUAUAUAGAGAGUAUAGAUGGCUGUGUGUGAUGUAGACAAGGGAGUUAGCUCUAUAUAAUGUAGACAUGGUAGGUAGCCUUAUCAACUGUAGUAGGUGUACACUAUUUCAUUUUACAGUUUAUAGCUAAGAGGUUGUCAUCAUCGUCUUUCCGGUUACGUGAUGUAAGACCUCAUUUUGUGUCUCCUUUUCUAGAUGUGCCUUCACAUUUUAUAGCUGGUCUUAAAGUUAAAAAGGAAAAAGAGUCGCAACCUGUAACUGACGGUAUGUUUAGCUGAGCUUUUACGAUUGAAAGGUUCAAUACAGGCUUUAUCCGCUUUGUUUAGGCAAAUAAACUUCCUCUCCUGCUUAAACGAAAAAAACACGAGCUUGUCACACUCGAAACUUAAUUCACGAGUUGUCAACGAUAUAUCAUUAUCUUGAUAUGUAAAAUUUUCUGACUUGGAAACUUCUAGACGUUUGUUUCAUUUUUAGAUUCUUGUAGAGUUGGUAAAAAGAGAAAAUCUGAGGAAAAUAAUCAGACACUUUCUCAUGAACAAAGCAGAAAAAUAACCAAAGUACAGAGCAGACCAGACAAGGUAAGGGUUCUAAUGAUGUAUUUCACGUGACUCCUGACUGCUGCCUACAUUCUCGCACGUCCUCCCCUGCUAAGUUUGCUUGAAACAAUCUUAUUAAAGGAGAUCCACAGAUACCGCUCGCGGCCAAAAACUUGAUAAACUGUAUUAUCUGUUUUAAACUCAGCGAUUAGUUAAGGUUUAGCCAAACCGCAGAACCAUCGGCGAGCUUUUGACGGCAGAGGAAAAACUUCAGGUUCAGUGAGUGAACCGUUAUUCACGAUUGCCGUCUGAGAUAUUUAAUAAAGUUUUUGCUAAUUCUGAUUUUUCUGAAGGUUUUCAAGCCUGAAUAUGCUUCAAGUCUGUCUGGGACCAGCUCGCGUCUUCUUGACAUCACCAAACAUUUGAAUGGAGGAGGCCUGUAACAAAUCUGAUUUCGACUUGUUCAUAACUGAACUUGAAGUAUCUUUUGCGAAUUGUGUCAAAACCAGAUCAUUGAAAUUGUGAAGUGAUAGCCAUAGAUAUUUUGUUAUUUUUUUAUUUAGGAAGAAAAAUAUACUCCUGUAGAAAAAUUCAUAUGUGAUCGAUGGUUAUUCCCUUUGUGUUGCUCGGCGUUCUUGCGUGAAUUCAUUAACUGAUUCGAUUAACAAAUCAUAGUUACCUAAAUUGGAUUACAGGACAUUUCUUUCAUCCACAUCACGGGUGCAACCUCUAA